CAAAACAAAUGCGGGCGGUGGGGGUACCCUAACCUAAAAGAAAAUGGAUAAUUGGCGAAUGUCGUUGUAAUAAAAAGGCGAUAAAAACACGAAAACGUAUUAUUUGAUGUAAAAUAUUAGUUGACAAGAGAUUAAUAGAUAAUGGCCUUUUGCGUUGAAACAGUACUGCGGCGAGUUUCGUCGAAUAGUAUCAGAAAACUUAGCACGGUUGUUGAACCUGUACGUUUUAAUGAAGAACCGUUGCAAAUAUUUCGAACGAGUGAAAGUAAUCCAGCGAAUCAUACCAAAGAGCAUUUGAAAAGAUUUUAUACUAUACCACCUGAAGAAAAACAAAGAUUGUUUCAAAGCGGUGGAUUCAAAAAAUCAUUCGAAGUGGAUAUUAAAACAUUUGCAGAAUGUGCGAUCAUGGUCAGACAACCAGCUUUGGAAAUUAUAUCGUAUUUGCGGCAAUCCAAUUAUACGAAACCGAUUAACAAAUAUGUUGUGUAUGGUGAACAUGGAUGUGGAAAAACAGUUACUUUGGCACAUCUUCUGCACUAUGGUCUUAACACACAACACGUACUUAUUCACGUUCCUUGGGUGCAAAACUGGUUCAAAUACCCAAAGGAAUAUUCAAAUUCGCUAAUUCGAGAGGGACUUAUGGAUUUACCUAUAGACGCAGCAACGUGGUUAGCACAAUUUAGAUUUCAAAACAAAAACUUAUUACCAGGACUAGAUAUAACAGUAUCGAAACAUUACACCUGGUCUCAGAGAGAAAGUACUGCUAAGGGAUCUCCAAUUGUGGAUAUGGUAGACUUCGGCAUAAAUCGAAUUAAAUUUGCCAGCGAAGUUAUUAUGACACUGAUGGCUGAAUUGAAGCAAGCGAGUAUCGCUGGAAAGUGUAAAAUGAUGGUAGUUAUUGAUGGAUAUAAUGCUUUUUUCGCAAACCACACAAGAAUUAAGAACGAACAGAAAAAGUUUGUCCCAGCAAAUCAAGUUACUUUAACACACGCUUUUCUCGAUAUUACGAGAAGUGAUUGGAAUAAUGGAACAGUAAUUGUAUCUGUUGACAAAAUAGCAGUCAAGGAGCCAAAGGAAUCGAAACUGCCAAGGUAUUUGCUACAAAAGGAAGGCUUCGAGCACUUGGAUCCAUUUUUACCCAUCUCUGUAGGAAAUUAUGAUAACGAAGAAUUCGAAAUGAUCAUAGAGUAUUACAAAGAUAGAAAGUGGCUUAGAGACAUAAGUCCGGAUGGCGUGAGAGAAGUGCAAUUGCUAACCGCUGGAAAUCCCCUUAAAAUAACGGAGUUUUGUGCAGGUUUAUAAGAAUGAAAGAAACAAAUUCAUAGCAGGUUCUUAAUUAUUUUAUGUAUUGCAUUUUUUGUAUUAAACAAUUUCCCGUAGAG